UACCUGAAAAACUUUCCUGCUGCACACGUUCAACACCGCCACCAAAACGGCAGGACAACUGACCCGCGAUCAAUUUGCCACUUCCCAGACCAGGCGCGUCCUCCCCACCCCCGACGGCUCACGCGCCGCCGCCGCCAUCGCCACCGCCGCUCCUCCUCCUCCACAUCCACCUACCCGCAACCGCCAGGUGUCCAGCUUCCGCCUCCACCUCCGCAACUCCUUCUCUCCCACCCCGCCCAUGUGACCAUGUUCCGCAUGCGCCUCCGCAACUCCUCCACCAUGCCCAUGUCCCGCAUCGGCCUCCUCCUCCGCCGCCUCUCCUCCUCCUCCUCCUCCUCCUACUUCUCCACCUCCACCUCGCCACCCUCACGGUCACGGUCAUGGUCUCCCCGCGACGCCUUUGCCGCGGCCACGGAGCGCGUCCGUGCCGGGACGCUCAGCCCGGAGGACGCACACCACCUGUUCGACCAAUUGCUACGGCAGGACACUCCGGUCCACGAGCGCUCCCUGGGCGGCUUCCUUGCCGCCCUCGCCCGUGCGCCAGACUCAGCUGCCUGCAGAGAUGGCCCCGCCCUCGCCAUCGCCCUCUUCAACCGCGUAUGCCGAGAAGAAGCAGGCCGGCCGGUGGUGCCGCCCACAGUCUACACCUACGCCAUCCUGAUGAACUGUUGCUGCCGCGUGCGUUGUCCGGACCUAGGGCUUGCCUUAUUUGGCCGCCUCCUAAGGACAGGCCUCAAAACAAAUGAGAUCGUCGCCAGCACCGUCCUCAAGUGCCUCUGCUGCGCAAAACGGACAGAUGAAGCAGUAAACGUGCUGAUUCAUAGGAUGUCCGACCUCGGCUGUGUGCCAAAUGAGUUCUCAUACAAAACAGUUCUGAAGAGCCUGUGUGAAGAUAGCAGGAGCCAGCGAGCGCUCGAUCUGCUCCCGGUGAUGGCAGAAGGAGAUGGCUGCUCCCCCUGCGUGGUGUCAUACAGCACUGUCAUCUAUGGCUUCUUUAAGGAAGGAAAAGUAGGCAAGGCAUGCAAUCUAUUUCAUGAAAUGACGCAGCAAGGCGUUGUGUCUGAUGUGGUGACAUAUAACUCAAUUAUCGAUGCACUGUGCAAGGCCAGAGCUAUGGACAAGGCUGAGCUAUUCCUUCGGCAGAUGGUUGAUGAUGAUAUUCGACCGAAUGGAGUGACAUAUAAUGCAAUGAUCCAUGGAUAUUCCACUUUGGGCCAGUGGAAAAAGGCGACUCAGAUGUUUAGAGAAAUGACAAGCCGCGGUCUUGUACCAGAUACUGUCACUUGGAACUCAUGCAUGGCCUCCCUCUGCAAGCAUGGAAGAAGCAGAGAAGCUGCAGAACUUCUUUAUUCCAUGGCUGCGAAGGGCCACAAGCCUAAUGUCGUAUCCUACUCUACUUUGCUUCAUGGGUAUGCAAACGAAGGGUGCUUUGCUGAUAUGGUUAAUCUCUUUAAUUCAAUGGUAGGCAAAGGUAUUGUACCGAACCACCAUGUUUUCAACAUAUUCAUUAAUGCAUAUGCUAAGUGUGGGAUGAUGGAUGAAGUUAUGCAUAUGUUAACUGAAAUGCGGGAACAAGGAAUGAGUCCGGAUGUGUGCACCUAUGCAACCAUAAUAGCUGCACUUUGCAGAAUGGGUAGGCUGGCUGAUGCUGUGGACAAUUUUAAUCAGAUGAUUGGGAAGGGAGUACAGCCAAGCAAAGUUGUUUAUCGCUCCUUAAUUCAGGGAUUCUGUACACACGGUGAUUUGGUGAAAGCGAAGGAGUUCAUUUUUGAAAUGACGGACAAAUGUAUUUGUCGUCCUACCAUUGUCUUCUUCAAUUCAAUAAUGCAUAGUCUGUGCAACGAAGGAAGGGUCAUAGAUGCGCACCAUAUCUUUGACUUGGUUAUAGACAUUGGUGAGAGACCUGAUCUCAUUGCAUUUAAUACUCUGAUUGAUGGAUAUUGCUUAGUCGACAACAUGGAGAAAGCACUCGGUGUACUUGAUUCCAUGGUAUCAGCUGGCAUUGAGCCUACUGUUGUUACAUAUAGCUCACUUAUUAGUGGGUAUUGUAAGAGUGGAAGGCUCGAUGAUGGUGUUAUUCUAUUCAGAGAAAUGGAGCAUAAGAGAGUUAAACCUGACACUGUUGCAUAUAACAUCAUACUGGAUGGGUUAUUUCAUGCUGGGGCAACAAUUGUUGCAAAGAAGUUGUUCAAUGAGAUGAUUGAAAGUGGAACAGCAGUGAGCAUUUCCACAUACAGGAUAGUUCUUGGAGGAUUUUGUAGGAAUAAUUGCACCGAUGAAGCGAUCGUCUUGUUCCAGAAAUUAGGUGCAAUGAAUGUGAAGUUCGAUAUUGCAAUACUCAAUACCAUGAUUAAUGCAAUGUACAAGGUUCAGAGAAGAGAAGAAGCUAACGAUUUGUUUGCUUCAUUACCAGCCUGUGGGCUCGUACCUAAUGCCUCUACUUACGGAGUAGUAAUACAGAAUCUUCUGAAAGAAGGAUCGUUGGAAGAAGCUGACAAUAUGUUUUCAUCAAUGGAGAAGAGUGGUUGUGCUCCCAGCUCUCGUCUUAUAAAUUAUAUCAUCAGAACGUUGUUGGAAAAGGGGGAGAUAGUCAAUGCAGCAAAUUAUAUGUCUAAAGUUGAUGGGAAGAUCAUCUCUUUUGAAGCUUUGACCACUUCAUUGUUGUUGUCUCUCUUUUCGGAGAAAGGCAAAUAUCAGGAACAAUUACAAUUGCUCCCUGCGAAAUACCAAUUCUUUGGUGGAGUCAUUUGAUGCGCUGGACUUGGUAGAUAAGUUUUGGCAUGGUUCGGAGCUCCCUUUUAACCAUGUCAACAUGUGUUCUCUUCCAUCCACUCGCCAAGACCGGUCUGGGUGAUAAUGCCGUGUGCCAUGGUGUUCUGCUCUGAUGUGUGGCUACUGGGCGUGUAUGCUAUUGUCAUUUUGUUCCGUCUUCAUGCUGUCUCCUUGUGCAAGGGUUGUCUGGUGUGUGGUGCUUUUGCUAAUGGUAAAAAUAUUGUGGGUGUUCGGGGUCAUAUGAUGGUGGAUCUUGUCCCAGAGUUUAUCGAGUUCUUCCUCACGGUGUACUCUGGUCUCACUGCACCCUGAUGUGCUUGAUGGUAUUGUUUGGAACCCAGCUGCGGCCUGCGGAUGGUUUCCAUUCGGCUAAAUUGGUGUAUGAUGUGCAGUUCCAAGGUGUUAUGCCAUCGCAUAAUAUACCUUUGUUUCUCAAUCAUUUGUCUUGGGAUUUGAAUGUGACUGUGUCAGAUUCAUGACUUGUUAGAGUGAAGCAAUUGGGCUCAGCUCACAGGAGCAUGGGGGAGGUCUGUACUAUUCCUGAAAUGCUGUGAGGUCUGGAGUGAGUGUAACAUGAGGAUGUUGGAAUUGAAAAGCAUCCUGAUCUACAGGUA